AUGUCGAAGAGAAAAAAUGUUAGGCAAAAAAAUCAGGAAACUGCCACGGUACCAGGAAUUUACGGUCCAUCACUAACAUACCGUGUUCAGGAAGAAUAUGCUGUUGAAAAAGUUUUAAACAAACGUUUUGUUGCUGGAAAAGUAGAAUAUUUACUAAAAUGGAAGGGAUAUCCGCUGAGUGAUUGCACUUGGGAACCCUUUGAACACAUAAAUGCAAAAGAACUCAUUGAUGACUUUGAAAAACAUAAUGAUGCUAAAGGCGUUCUUCCUAACUACGUUAUAACAACUGAACGUGAUGUAGCUGUCAUUCUUGGUAUCACUCGUAUGUAUGGAGAACUUGAGUUCCUCGUUAAAUAUCGGGACGGUAACGCUUUGCUUGUACCCGCCAAAUUCGCUAAUGUUAGAUACCCAAUGCGUGUUAUAGAGUUCUACGAGAGCAAUCUUAAAAUUAUUCCAACUGCAGACGAUGAGAGUACUGGCAAAGUCUAA